CAUCGAAUGUUCAGAAUGUCUUCCCCAGCAACCCAAUACGUCUACAUUCCCAACCUUGUUGGCCGCCAGAUGCUCCGCAUUCCUCUCGAGGAAGUCGAGGCUGAAGACAUCAUUGCCUUCUCUUCCACAGUUUCUCAAUCAUCGAGCGAGACCAUGGAGACCGCACCCUCGCACGUCCGCGACUCCUUUCGCUCCCCCAGCAUCUCAUCUGCUUCGUCCGUCGAAGACACAGAAUGAGCACGUUACAAUUGCGGGGCACGCAACUGAAAGCAUCGGAGCAAACAAUCAAAAACUUAUCAACCAUUGUUGUACAACAAUGCACCGGAGUACUGGGACAACGCUAGCAACUCGAGACGAGCGUUGAAGCCGAGCCCUUUGAGGCUGACAUCAUUUGACAAAGUCUACCAAAAGUACAGAGUCCCAAUAAUGAGGGGUAUCGCAAACAGAAGCAACUAACAAUCAGCCUGGUGAAGCACGUUAUCGACGAGUCGAAGUGCGGGGUCACAAAAGAUCGCGAUUGUGGAGGAUGAGGGAAUCAUUACCGACAAAGGAAGGUUCUGUGGGACCACGAAAACGGGUGACAGAUGAGGAAGGGAGAGGAGACACCUUGGUUGACAGAAAAAUUUCUUGCAGAUACCCAUUUACUCUUACUACUUUAAUAAUAUCACAUCACAUCAUAUCAUCGUGUCUUUGCUCUGAU